CAACUGCUCAAACGAACAUGUACUAUUCAAUUUUAUGAUGUUCGAUCCCAUGGAACAAUCGAUAUUUUCGAUUGUUUAUGUGGUUGUACCGAUUGCCACUCCGUGUGUUUAUAGGUGGGAGAGUUCGAUUGGUAGUUCGAGCUCCUCCUGCAUCAUAAGUUAGAAAAUGGCAGGUUCUGAUGCUGAGCAGUUCUCUCUGAGAUGGAACAACUUUCACAGCAAUCUUGUAUCAGGCUUCCAUGCUCUCCUGCAAGAAGUAGAACUGGUGGAUGUUACCCUUGCAGCUGAGGGACAGUUCAUUCAAGCACAUAAAAUUGUGCUUUCAGUUUGCAGUCCAUAUUUCAAGCAACUAUUUCAGGUAAACCCAUGCAAACAUCCAAUUGUUAUCUUGAAGGAUGUGGGUCACAAAGAACUGAUUGCAAUUCUGCAGUUCAUGUACCAGGGAGAAGUUAACGUUCGUCAGGAAGAACUUGCCGAUUUCUUAAAAACUGCUGAACUCCUGCAGAUCAAAGGCUUAACUGGAAACGAUAAUAAUCGAGAGCCAGAUAGAACACCUUGCACAACUCCUCAACCAUCACCUCAUCGGCAACCAGGAUCUCACAUUCGUGUAUCAGAUGUCAGAUCUGAGGCACACUUAUCAGAAGUGUCACAAGGAUAUCCUUCUGGAAAUGAUGCCAAUAUCGAUCUGGCUUCUGCUGUGAGUGAGGAAAGUGCAUCUCCAGCUCGACCAACCAAACGGCUGCAUAGUGAUGCAUCUGUUAGCUCAAGCACAUUAUCACAUAGGAAGGAACAAAAGGAGGAAGAAUUUGUUCAGAAAAUCCCCAAGGUUGAACCCAUCGAUCUUGACUUGGAUGCAGAAAUAACAAGUGAUCAAAUCUCUCCUGAAGGGCUCCAGCAAUUCCUUACAAAUUCUGGAAAGAGUACACAUCCACAACAAAAUAUUUCAGCAGGUGGAAAUGGAAACAGUACCCCAGCAAUAGCACAGAGUCAGUUGAUUCACCCUUCUUCCAUCUCACGCCAUGGACAGGUGUCUGAAACUUCAGUUGUUUCAGUGCAGAGUGCGAGUCAAGGUAUCCCUCGUUACGUGGAAAGUUCACGAGGUAAACCAAGAUACAUCACAAGUUUUCGAGGUAAAAAGCAGCUUGUUCAUGAUGGAUACAUAUAUCACUUACACUGGUAUAGAGGUCAGAAGAAAUAUUGGAGAUGCAUUGAAUAUAGCAGAGGUUGUUUUGGUCGUUGUACUAUGGAUAAUGAUAAAAUUAUGUAUGUUGUGUCACAUACUCAUGCUCAGCGUUUUGAUGAGAUACGUGAGAAGGAGCAGCUAUCACACUUGAACAAUGAACUUUAUAAUUUGACUUAUAAAAUUCGACUUUAGUAGUAAGAUAGAUAAUGUCGGUGUUUGUAGUCUAAGAGCUUUAAAGUAAUGUAAAUAUUAUAUAUAAUUAUUCUAAUGACUUUUUUUUUUGUCAAAAGAGAAUGUUUAAAAAAUUUCUGUUAGAAAAUUAUUUGUGCUUUUCUAAUUGUUAUUUUAAAAUUGGUUUAAAAAAUACUCUAAUGAUGUAAUUUACCCCUACCUACUAUACAGUGAAAUAUCAUUGUUGCUUAUUAUGAUAUACUGUGUGAAGAGGAUUUGUGUUGAUUUAAAUCUUAAUCUAAUAUCAGUGCUGGAUUAUUGGCCAUCCAGUAGUUACAUUGUUUUGUUUAACAAUCAUCGUAGUAACUGGUCUGGUAUUUUAAAACAUUAAACUUCUCAAAUCCAGUGGGACAAAGGUUGCUGCCCAAAAUUGUUAAGCCUAGUUUAACAAGUAAGCAUAGGCUAUAAAAUUCUGAAUGUUGCCAUUAUAAACUGUAUUAUGAUUUUGUUUUCUUAAAAUAUGAGCAAUAUUGGAAAUGUGCUUAUGCAUUGAGCACUUGUUGUUCAUUGAAAAGUAACAAUUACAAGACUUAAUAAAAGAAGUUUGCAUGAUAGUUAGUGGUAAUUCAUAAUUCCUACAUCCAAAAUCUACUGUGUUAUUGGAAGAAUGUGAGUUCAACAAUUAAUAUAGUCAUAAGUAGUGGAAACUGGAAAUAAGUGACAUAUAAAAAUAUAUCUGGGCACAGCAGCCAAAUAUUAAAGGCACAGAGUGUACUAGAGAUAAAUCCAAAUGUAGCAUUCACUGCAGUUAUGGACCCGUAUAUGGUUUAUGGAGAGAGAAAGAGAAUAUAAGAUAUUUAUCAUGGAAUCUUAAAUCCUGUGGUUUUGGAUGGCAUAUAUUUGGUUUUGAGUGUUAGUAUUAUUCCCACAAAAUCCUGUUACAGCUAUUAUUAUUAUUAUUACUACUAUUAUUGGCCAUGCUGGCUAAGUUAUUGAAUGUCUGCUUGAAGGUUUUUGUGCCAAAUUCUGUCCAAUUGGCACAUUACAUCAACAAAAUUAAUGACAAGCCAAAUAAUUGAUUGCACAAUGGCCAUAGAUGGACCAAUGCAUUAUUGACUU